AUGUCUUUCCGCAGCAUAGUUCGUGACGUGAGAGACAGUAUAGGAAGUCUAUCAAGGCGUAGAUUCGACUUUAAGUUAAGCAAGUCUCGUGGCUCGGUUCAAGACUAUCAUGAGGAACAACAACAAGAGCCUCUAGUACAUGUUCAAGAAACCCCUUGGGCGAAUCUACCUCCUGAGUUAUUGCAUGAUGUGAUCAAAAGGCUGGAAGAGAGCGAAAGCGCAUGGCCUGCUCGUAGACAUGUUGUUGCUUGUGCUUCUGUUUGCAGGUCUUGGAGAGAUAUGUGUAAAGAGAUUGUUCAAAGGCCUGAGCUUUCUGGCAAAAUCACUUUCCCUGUUUCCCUCAAACAGGACCGGCCCUAA